AUGAGGCUGUCUCACGUAGCCGUGGUGUUGGGGGUGAGCAUGUUUGCCCUCACCGCCAGCAGCUUCCUCAACUUCAAGCUGAUGAUCCAACGGAUCACGCAGAAGAACGUGGUCAUGCAUUUCAACGGCUACGGCUGCUACUGUGGGAAGGGCGGGCGAGGGAAGCCGAGGGACCCCACAGACAUGUGUUGCUAUAACCACGACUGCUGCUAUGAAAAUUUGCACCACCAAGGCUGUCACCCUUUCAUUGACCACUACAGAUACCUGAUUAUCAACAACAGCGUCCUCUGCAAGUACAAGAACAGAUCAGUGUGUGCCACCUUGGCGUGCGAAUGCGACAAGCAUGUCAGUUUGUGCUUCAAAAGGGAAGCGCCAACCUACAACCGCAAAUUGCGACAUUAUCCCGUUGUUUUGUGCAAAGAGUCAACUCCCAAGUGUUUUCCUGGGCCCGAGUUUUGA